CGCAGAUGGUUGUUCGAUGCAGUUCGAUGUUCAUUUAGUUCAUUACCAUUCGUUACUACGACAGUAAAGUCGGGGGUGCUUGUGGUACGAUGCGCUAAAUAAACUGUCAAAAGCUGUGCGAUACUGUGGCAAUGAUUCGUCUGAAAAAUCGAGCUACCUAUACGUAUUACAAUAUUUGAAUUAAAGGUGUUGCCGCAGAUACAGAGUGAGACAUCCGUAUCGGAGUAAAAUACCCCGAACCAUUUAUUAUUAUGUGAUCAAACAUCUAUUGUUAUACGCGAAGAUGUGGAACUUGAGUUGUGAGAUUUUCGCUUCUAUGUGCAUUGUGGCUGUGAUUUUGUCGCAGUUUGUUACAGAGGCCAAAAAAACGUGUUCAAUAGUUUCGUUAUUGCCAGCUGAUGGAUGCACCAAAAAUGAGACUUGCAAGCAAACAAAUAAUCAAACGGGCGAAUGUGAAUGUCUCCCGAAUUACCAAAGACUAAAUGACAAAUGCGUCUCGAUUCCAACAACAACAGAGUCUCUGAUUGACCCUAAUACUAUGAAACAGGAUACUGGAGAGAGUUCAGGAGGAGGGGUAACAGCAGGUCUUCUUAUACCACUAUUCCUGAUCUUGUUAACAGCGUUGGUCUUUUUAAGUGCAAGAAGAUACAAAUGGGUCCAGCGGUUGAGACAGUACCGGCAAAACCGUUACGGCAAUGUGUUAGUUACUAGGGAUGAAGAUGACGAUGAUCCUCCCAUUGUUUAGAAUAAAUUUUAAGCUCAUUAGAGUAAUGCGAGAGAAUGAUUUACGUCAAACUUUGCACCACCGAGAAAUUUUCACCUUGGCCAUAGAAACAUGAAUAAUAAUAAUAAUGAUAAUAAUGACGCCGAAGACGUCGAUGAUGAUAAUGGUGAUGGUGGGGGUGAUAACACUAACGAUGACACCAACAGAGCAGUAACUAUCGCAUCGUUAAUUUAAUUUUGAUAUUUUGUUUUUACUAUACUGAGAAGGAGAUUUUGUUCUCUUUUGAGUUGCUCAGAAUGACAAAAAGAGUAAAUAAACGUAUUAUCUAAAUGUUUCACUGUAACUUUCAAAAUCGAUGUAUUUAUCAAACAUUUCUUCAAACAAGUAAUAGAAGAAAAUGAUGGUAACUUCAUUACCAAUUACCAAUGCAAAUUCAUUUAUUAUCAUUAUAUUUAUCUGUUGCUUUGAGUUUCACGGUAUUGCAAUACAGUUGAGCUGAGACGAGGUGAGUUUCAUUCUCCUGAUUUCUUUUCACAUUUUAGAAUUCUUUUUCGCUUUCCUUGACAUUAGGUACGGUGGUCAGUAACCAUAUUACAAUAUUGUAAAGUUAUUACAGUAACAACCAUACUUUAAAGUGAAUGGUAACCUAUAGUAAAAUUAUUCACGAAUUGCUUAUAAAUUUCAAACUAACAGACACUGAAUAGUAUAGGUAAUAUCAACGAAAUUGUAUAUUUUUUAUUUCAUGUAUGAGUCGACUGUUCGUGCCAUUUGUACAUCAGAAAGAUGUACACGUAAUAGAGCACUGCAAACAUUCUUUGUUCUUUUACACAAUUUAAGUGAUAGAAAAAUAGUAUCCGACUACAAGCAUAAUAUUGGAAAGACUGAUUGGAUUGUUGUAAACUUCAAAUUGAUCAAGCCUUGAGUAAAAUAAAGCAAAUUCAAAGCAACUAAAUAACUAGAACUGGGGCUUAAGCUUCUUGUCUGAGAUAGAAAGGCAUAACGUAUGAUUUUGUAAGAGAUCGUAAGAGAUGAGACUUUCUGUGACUAUUUCAUGCUUCAUAUUAACUAGUAUUCUUUACUUUGUUACAAUGAAUUCCAAAGUUCCUGAUACACAAUUGCGAUAUAUAUGUAGAUCAAGUAAUCUUAAAAGUAAAACAGCAUGACUGGUUUGUUUUUCUUAUACUAUCUUUGGACAAUCUAUGGACUUAUCAACGAUCAAUGAAUUAGUAAGAUAAGAUUUUUAUGAAAAGUUGUAACAGGAUUUUUGGACGAUCUCAGAAUAAUAUAAAUGGAAUGUGUUCAAUUUUUUUUUUUUUUUUUUAAUAUUAAAAAAACUUGUAUGAUAAUGUAAUGAAGAACUGUAAAUAUUUCUCGCUAAUCAAACGCACUCUUGCCAAUUAGCUCAAGCAUAAUAUAUUGGCAAUUACCGAUCGGUAAUAAGCAUUUAAUAUAUUCACUGGUUAUGGUUUCAAGAUAUAUAGUAAAUUAUACAACUUUCACUUUAUCAAAGUCUCAAGGAAUCCCCCGGAUCUCACGUAAAAAAAAGGCGGUCCAAGGACUUUCCUAUACAAUCAUAAACCGAUGAUGUAAUCUUAUCGAUUUAUGUAAGACAUUUUUAUUUUUAGUUACCUAUUUCUCGAUUCACUUUUGCAUGAUCAUAUGCAUAUGUAGAGACACUUACUGUGGCAAAUUUGAGAAUUCUGUAAGAGUACGCACAAAUUAAGGAUUGGCACUUGAUUACCAAUGGUUUUCAAACGAGAAUCAAUUGAGUACUUUUUCCCUCUUGUUUAUCAAUCUUCAAUCGAUUACGCAGUCUGAAAUACACCGUCACAUGUCAGAGAAACUCUUGCCAUUUACGAAAUUACGUUGAUUGAUUCAAACUGGUUUUAAUACACGCCCAGAGCUGUCUGAAAGUCGUGGUCACAGUUUUUAAACACCUGCAAAUAUAGUUUUCCAAUAUAGCGCAGUGUUAAAUGUUUUCAUUUACAGAAGCUGAAUUUGUGGUUUAAUUGCUGCACGAAUAUCGAACUGCUCUAUUAUUAUGACAGAUGACAGAAAAAAAGUGAAAAUAAUAAAAGUGUAAACUUUUCAAAUAAUAAAUAUUAGAAUUACGAUUACGCAAAAACAUUGUCAAUGUAUCGGAAUACCUAAUUGUUCAAGUAUAAGGUGUGAUUGAGUUGUAAAUAUUUUGAAAGAAAUAUAUUUUCAAAUGGAAUAAAUAAACGUAUGCAAAAUAUGAUGAGGCACAAUCAUACAACUUCUCUGAUUAAUUUAACUUAAAAUCUUCAGAGACCUGUCUGAAAUUCUGGAAAAAGAUAAAUUAUGUCUUAUAAAAGAUAAAACCUGUCUUAAAAAUAUUGAAACCCUGAAGUCAAAUCCAGGAAUAGCAAAGCUCGGAUGGGUAUAAAACGUGGUUUUAUGGAAAAAUGGCACAUUUAUUAUAUUAUUAGUGAUAAUAAUAUUACUAGUAAUUAAACAUUUUUCUCAAAUAUUUUUUUUUUUAUACGCGUAGAUCAUACAACAUUCGCUUCUUCCAUGAACAGCAUACUUUUGCCUGUUCACGCAUACAUUUCACUACCUAGAACUAUUGACAAAAUCUAGCUUAAACUGACUUAAAAACUAUUAAAGUUAUAUAUUACAUGAUUUUUUUCUUUGAAUAUUUCUUUUUUUUCAAUGUUUUUGUUUUUAAAAAAGUUUUUCACCUGCAGCAGCUCACGCACGCAUUUUUUAGCAGCUUAAAUUUUAUGUCACAAUGUACAAUUUAACUUAUAAUAUUCAGUAAUUGUAGAGCAGAAUUCAUGCCUUCCCACUCUUUCACCACUGUUCGAAAUUCCUGUCCGCUCAAACAAUUGUCAUUUAUUUUUUUUUUUUCUUUGGAUAUUUGUUUUCAUAAAACUUCUCCGCGACAAUCUGCGAACAGAGAGAAAUUUUGCGUGGAGAAAGAAUUUGCAUAUACCAGCGUGGGAUUUGCUAUUUUUAUUAAUUUGUUUUUUUUUUUUAGCUUCGUUAAUACGGUACUGUAUAGACAUAACGUUAUUUUGUAAUGAUUAAAUUCAGAAUUUCAGUGCGUCGUUUUUUUUCCUUUUUUUCCUUUUUAAAACUCACUUUGAUAACAUAAUAAUGCAGCUUGAAAUAUGAUCUUUCAAGUACAAUAAUAUAUAAUAAUAUUGCAAAAAAAAAAAAAAAAUAUAUCAUUGAUAUGAAAUGAUGAAAAAAAAAAAAAAAAAAAAAAUACAAAAAAUAUACAUA